ACCUAUCUCUCUUGUAACCCCACCCCCACGGCCAGAAAGAGUGAGAAGAGAACUUUGCAUCCUAGCCCAAUAACUUACAUGAUUGUUUUGAAAUAAUAGAUAUAGCUCAAAUAUAAAUUGUUCCCGCACAAUCUACCUGGCGGACAGACUGUGGAGGGAGUUGAGGUGGUCUCCAGCAUCACUGGAACAUGGACAGCGAGGGAAGAAAAGUAGUUGUCUGUGACAAUGGGACGGGGUUUGUCAAGUGUGGCUUCGCUGGCUCCAACUUCCCCGAGCACAUCUUCCCUGCCAUGGUGGGCCGGCCACUGCUGCGCUCCUCCAUCAAAGUGGGCGACAUCGAGAUCAAGGACCUGAUGGUGGGCGACGAGGCCAGUGAGUGUCGCCACAUGCUGGACGUGUCCUACCCCAUGGACAACGGCAUGGUGCGCAGCUGGGAGGACAUGAUCCACCUGUGGGACUACACCUUCGGCCCCGACCGCCUCAACCUCGACCCCCCCGACUGCAAGAUCCUCCUCACUGAGCCCCCUAUGAACCCCACCAAGAACCGGGAGAAGAUCACGGAGGUCAUGUUCGAGCAGUACAAGUUCCACGGCAUCUACGUGGCCAUCCAGGCCGUGCUGACACUCUACGCCCAAGGCUUGCUGACUGGUGUGGUGGUCGACUCGGGGGACGGGGUGACACACAUCUGCCCCGUGUACGAGGGCUUCUCCCUGCCCCACCUCACACGCAGGCUGGACAUCGCAGGACGUGACAUCACGCGCUACCUCAUCAAGCUCCUGCUGCUGCGAGGCUACGCCUUCAACCACUCGGCGGACUUUGAGACGGUGCGCAUGCUGAAGGAGGAGCUGUGCUACGUGGGCUACAACAUCGAGCAGGAGCAGAAGCUGGCCCUGGAGACCACCGUGCUGGUGGAGUCCUACACGCUCCCUGACGGCCGUAUGGUGAUGGUGGGGGGAGAGAGGUUCGGGGCUCCUGAGGCCCUCUUCCAGCCCCACCUCAUCAACGUGGAGGGGGCAGGCGUGGCUGAGCUACUCUUCAACACCAUCCAGGCCGCAGACAUCGACCUCAGGGCUGAUUUCUACAAGCACAUCGUGCUGUCAGGAGGAACCACCAUGUACCCUGGACUGCCCUCCAGACUGGAGAGAGAGAUCAAGCAGCUGUACCUGGAGACAGUGUUGAAGGGGGACACCGAGAAGCUCUCUAAAUUCAAGAUCCGUAUCGAGGACCCCCCUCGUCGUAAGCACAUGGUUUUCAUGGGCGGGGCGGUGCUGGCCAACAUCAUGAAGGACAAGGAGUCCUUCUGGCUCAGCAGGGCUGAGUACGAGGAGAAAGGGGUGGGCGUUCUGGCCAAGCUCGGGGUAGGUGUGAAGUAGACAGAGGUAG